CCCAGGAACCGGCAGGAAUGAAGGCCCCGGCGCCGGCUCGGCCUCGGCGGGCGGUUCUAGGCUGGCGGCGGCGGCGGCAGCGGCCCCCGGGAAGAAGCCUUUGUGCUGGGCCCCACGCGGCCGCCUCCCGGCCUCAUCCCCGGCCGGGGAGGCAGGCUCCCGGGGCAGGGCGAGGCGGAGAGGGCCCCGAUCCGGGGCGCUGUGCUGGGGCCUCGAAGGGCCUCCGCUUAGGCCCGGGCUCGCCAGGUCCUGAAGAGGAACCUGCGCCUCCGCCUCCGCCGCCGGCACCGCCGAGAAGCCGAGGCCGACCCCGCCGCCGCCGCCGCCGCCGCCGCUGCUCCCGCUGCUGCUUCAGCGCCACACAUCGCCGGGACACCCGCGCCGGGCAGCCCUGCCGGCCGCCCGCCUGCCGGCGCUGUGCACUACUUGAACUCCGGGCCGCCCUUCCUGCGGCCAGACUUCGUGCCCCCACAGCUCCACGCGCCCCUCGCCGCGGUCCGCUGGGGUUUCCGAGUCGCCCCCGAACCACGCAGUUGACUUGCAGGCGUCUGCCAAGGCCUCCCCAAGGUGGCGCCAAACUCAGGACAGGCCCCCGGGCCCUCCGCAGCGACGGCGCAGUGCUGAUGACGUCAAAGGCCCCAGACCAGGCGGGGCUAUUGGACCUUACCACCCAAUUCGAGUGGCAGCGGGACAUUUCUCACCUUCUGUGUUUUUCCUAACGUCGUGGUCUAGAUUUAUGGUAGCAGAAACACGCUGCGGAAGAAGCAGAGGAUAUCGGCUUGUGAUAGAGGUCAGACACUGAACCUCCGGAAGAAUCCUGAGCAGCUUUGCCUAUGCUACCUCAUUCAAACUAAGAAUGUGACCCAGCAGUGAACUUUGGGAGAAAAUUUCUGAAUAACUUGAACAGUAAGGAAGUAGAAGAUGCCUUGGAUUCAUUUAUUGAUUCAAUAACUUGGGUGGAGCCCCAGUCAUCCAUCUGCCCAAGGACAGCUGCAUGGGAAAAUGUGCUGGAGGGAAGUUUAAUCUCCUGAAGGCGAAGAGAUAGGAAACCUCCAUCUGCUGUACCACACCCUGACCCAGGGGGAACUGAACCCAGCACCCCAAUUUUGGGAUGUGAGCAGUGUAUUCCAGAAGACCCUGGGCUUGGGGAUCUCUGCCUGAGUUGUGAAAGGCUGCUAGGAGGCACUUACCACACGGUGCCAGCCUGAAGGGCUUGAGACAGAUAAUUGGCCUUGUCUAAGUCCUUUGUGAAGACAGCUGCGGCCAGCCCGUACUUGGAAUUGUUGGCUCUCCCAAUGACUUCCUCUAUGGUCUUGAACUUGAGAAUCUGCAUCACUGGCCCAAAGAUCUAG